CUGUGGCAUCUCCCGGCUUCCGUUGAGCGUCCAACAAGAUGGCAGCCUCCGAAACGGUUAGGCUACGACUUCAAUUUGACUACCCGCCGCCAACCACCCCGCACUGUACAACCUUCUGGCUCCUAGUGGACCUGAACAGAUGCCGAGUGGUCACGGAUCUCAUCAGUCUCAUCCGCCAGCGCUUCGGCUUCAGUUCGGGGGCGCCCCUGGGCCUCUACUUGGCGGAGGGGCUCUUGCCCCCCGGCGAGAGCGCGCGCCUGGUGCGGGACAACGACAACCUCAGAGUUAAACUAGAAGAGAGAGGAGUCACUGAGAAUCCUGCAAUAGUCAGUUGUAAUGAUAAUACACACGCACUACCUAGAAAAGCAAGGAAGCGGGCACUUAAGCUGGAGGAAGAUGAAGAAACUGAAUUAGGUAACAAAAAUCCAAAGAAGCACUGGAAGAAGCAAGAGAACAAUAGUAAUAAUGAUCUAGAAUCCAGAUCUGUCACAGAUCAGAGUGUGAGGACAAAAGGCAAGAGGAAAAUCAAAGCCACAUGUAAGGCUACAGACGAUGAGGAAGAGACCAAAAGGAAAACACCAAAGAAAAGAGAGAAACGUGAAUAUAAGAAACAGACAAGAAUCUCAAAGUCUUCUAAAGCACUGAUAGCAAAAGAUUGGACUCUCCAGAACUAUAGUCCUCUAAAAAAUACUCCUUCUAGAAACAGCAGCCUUGCAAAAGCCAAAAGGAAAGGUGGCUCGAGUAUUUGUACAAAGGGUAGUCCCAGUUCUUCCACAGACUCUGAGUCUUGUACGGAGUCAGUCAGUGAUGGUCACAGCAACGCCAACUUGGAAGUCAAAAAUUCCUCAGAGAAAAUCCCAACUGAGUUAUCAAAGGAUGCACCCUCCACAAAAAAUGCAAACAAAGUGGCGACCAAAACUUCCCUUAAUUCUACUCCUGCCCAGGGCAAAACAACCAGACCAUCAUCUUCUUGUUCAGAUUCUAGUUCGGGGUCAGAUGAACAAUGUAUGGUGACAAAGAGCAGCUCAGAUGGUGUAGCAGGCUUCUUAAAGACAGUAGGCCUCUUUGUGGGAAGAAGUUGCUCAGUUUCUGGACCAACUGCACAGCCUCCAGUUGCUAGUGGAUGGAAGUUCCCAGAUUUAAAUGAUGGCAAACAGGCUCUUGGCCCUCCACCCAAUGUGACUCUUCCCAUCAGUUUGGGAAGAGGAUGGGGUAGGGGAGAGGAACUUUUUUCUUGGAAGGCAGCCAGGGGUCGGGGUAUACGUGGGAGAGGUCGAGGACGAGGACGAGGACAAACUGUCUCCAAUAUUUUAAACAGAAAUACUGAAAGUCAAAAGCAGCAGCAACUAAAUGAAACGAAUCCUGUAGAGAUACAGAAGAAGGACUACAGUCUGUUACCUCUCUUAGCAGCUGCCCCUCAAGUUGGAGAAAAGAUUGCAUUUAAGCUUUUGGAACUAACAUCCAAUUACUCUCCUGAUGUCUCUGAGUACAAGGAAGGAAAAAUAUUAAGCCACAAUCCAGAGACCCAGCAAGUAGAUAUAGAGAUUCUUUCAUCCUUACCUGCCUUGAAAGAACCUGGGAAAUUUGAUCUAGUUUAUCACAACGAAAAUGGAGCUGAGGUCGUAGAGUAUGCUGUGACGCAGGAGAAGACGAUCACUGUUUUUUGGAGAGAAUUAAUUGAUCCAAGAUUGAUUGUUGAAUCUUCGAACAACAUACCAAGUACAGAGCAUGCCUCCACCUCAUAGUUUAUAAAUGUCUUAUUUGUGAAAGUGACUCUAACCUGAACUGUUUUUUAAAAAGACAA